AUGAUCUCAAGCACUACUAUUGGGAUGAGCCCUACCUCUUCAGAAGAGGCUCAGAUGGGAUUUUCAGGAGAUGCAUUCCUGAAAACGAGAAAAGAUUGGUCAAGUAAGCUUGACGAUGCCCUUUGGGCCUAUCGAACGGCUUAUAAAACCCCCAUUGGAAUGACCCCUUUUAAACUUGUCUAUGGGAAAUCUUGUCACCUUCCCGUUGAGCUCGAGCAUAAGGCCUAUUGGGCAAUUAGAAACCUCAACUUAGACCCCAAUUUAGCCGGUGAAAAAAGAAAACUUCGAUUAAACGAGCUAGAAGAACUUAGGAUAGAUGCAUAUGAGAAUGCCUGCAUUUAUAAGGAGAGAACUAAGAACUGGCAUGACAAGAAAAUCAUCAAGAAGCACUUCAAAAGCGGUGACCUUGUGCUGCUCUUUAACUCUAGGCUAAAGCUCUUUCCAGGUAAACUACGGUCACAAUGGUCCGGUCCUUUUCAAGUUCGCACGGUCUACCCUUAUGGGGCGAUUGAAAUCUUUUCUGAAGAAACAGGAUCCUUCACGGUUAAUGGACAAAGGCUUAAAAUCUAUAAUACCGGAGAAGUAAAUGAAGUAGUGGCUGAUUUCACCCUUAGUGACCCGCCUUAA